AUGUCAGAUAUGUACACCUCUCUAGGCAUAUCACCAAGGAAGAAGCGACGUCUGAUUGAUGACGAGGAUGACAAGGCUUUAACGCCUAAGAAAAUCCGAACUGCGCCACCUUCUCCGCCAAAGACUGUCACAAGGCAGCGGGCAGAGUCCAGCCCUACCAAUCUCCCCCCACAUUUGAACCGUUUGUAUGCGGCUCAAACAGCCUUACAGCACGCACUUUCACAUGCUCUGGCCACCUGUGCGGUGUCGCCUUCCUCAGAUACUGGAAUCGUGCGCAACGUGCUUAAUCACCAGUCUCUGCACUCUUACACUGGCCUUACGACUGCUUUCGAUAUGAACGACCUGAAACGGCUUUGUUGGCUAUGGGAAUGGGACGGCAAAGAUAUCGCACCGCCAAACACGAUUCGCAAGAGUGAUGGCGACGACAAUCCAUUCCUCGAAGAAGAAGUCCCCUCCUCUCAACCUAAGGACUGGACCCGUGGCGCUAUGGGCUUCGUCAUCAGCCCAUCCACUCAUUUCUCGAAAAUAGCUAAGUCUCGCAUCCCUGCCUAUGGGAUCGGUAUAGAAGUCGAAAUCGAUAUCGAUAAAGACAUGGGAAGUGGAAUAGCCUCUGUCGCUCGCUGGACUGCUGCAAGUGAGUCAAGGCGGAAAGAAGUGUUAUCUAAACUCCAGCGAUGGGCUGAGCUUCAUUCAGGGACAGACCUUAUCCCAAAUCUACACAUGGCAAAUCUACCACAACUGAACAUUCCACCAAAGCCGUCCACUUUGACACGACUCCUUGCUUCAUCUUCACCCAAGGCAACUUCUUCGAUCUCGAUAUUAGCGACUCCUUCGUCUCCCACAUCUCCAUCAAAGAAGCCUGCGAAACAUCUUGUCAAGAAACCUCUCAAGGAAUCCGAAGGAUCUGCAAUUGCUUUUCCCAUACUACCAGCGCCCAAACUCACUUCAGACUCCAAGAACUCGGUGUCAUUCCCAAAGACUCCCUCACGACAUUCUCGUGGUGUUUCAUUAAUUGGCCUUCUGACUCCGCAUACACCUUCCACAAGCCCAUCUCAAACACACUCUGGAGAUUCGCUGCCCUCAACGCCGGUUCACCAGCGCGGGCCUCAUGCCGUCACAGUGCCUCAGACUCCCACAAGUUCUCGCCGAGCGGCACUCUACGAUCGCAUUCGACAGAAGUCCAUCACGUCGACGCCGUCUAAAUCCGUUAGCUGUGACAUUCCUCAAGGAAAGCUCACCAGAGACCAGUUGCUAAAAAUGAGCCAGGAUGAAAUGAGACGUCGUAUGUUGUUGGGACGGCUUGGCGGAGUAGCCGAGAGCGUGUGGAUGCUUUUCUCUGCUCCUACAGGGAUUACUGCCGCGCCCGCUCGAAAGCGCCGAGCGCUUCCUGUUUCAGAGGUGAUCGCUGCUAUUUUGAAGUCCUCGCCUGUACCCGUCUCUGCCGCUGAGGCACAGGAAUCCCUCAAUCUACUCACUUCCAUAUGCCCCUCCUUCGUCAAGCUACUGGACAUCAAUGAUGAAGAAUGGUUAGAGAUGCCUGCUCAAACUCAGACCGAGAGUGGCCCCAAGCCUCCACCGAGUCCUGGUAGCAGUCGGAACAAAGACGACAGUGCUGCGGAAGUAUUGACUCGUAGCCCUAGAAGGGUUAAACGAGAAGGGGGUGUCCUCAGGGAGGUGCGAGAACGGAUUCGACGAGAGCUGGAGCUCGCCGAUUGA